AUGAGGUAUAUAUAAAAUAUUCUUAAAAGAAAAGCAAAACCCUAAAUUCUAUUUUCCCCAUUUGUUUUUUCUUCUCCCUCUCACUGCAGUAGCCGCACAUCUGCACCCUUUCUUUUAGCUCUUUCCUUCGUCUUUCAUAUACCCUCCCUACCACAACUCAAACCGGCACGCGUCCAUCGGCAACGCUUUUUUUUUCUUCUAUUCCUCUCUGCUGAACUGCGCCGGCACGCCGGCCCCUGUGCAGCAUUCUUGUACAACAGCCAAUCGUCGAGGAAUCAUGGCAGACGAAGCUCAGAAUGAUGCGAAUGAUCAGGUGGCAGAUAUUGUUGCCCCCUUUGAUCCAACUAAGAAGAAGAAGAAGAAGAAGGUUGUACUUCAGGAUCUGGCUGAUGAGUCUGUUGACAAGUUAGCAGAGAAAACCGAAAGUUUGUCAGUUUCUGAUGGCUUGGAGACUACCACAUUUUCUGGACUUAAAAAGAAGAAGAAAAAACCAGUAGAGGCUAUUUCCUUGAAUGACGAUGGUGCAGAUGCUACGGAGGAUUUGGAAGAUCAAGCGGGGGAGAACGAAGAUCAAGACGGAAUUACUUUACAGUAUCGUUAUCCUUGGGAAGGAAGUGAUCGCGAUUAUGAAUAUGAGGAGCUUCUUGGACGGGUAUUCAACAUUCUUAGAGAGAAUAAUCCAGAGCUUGCAGGCGAUAGGCGUAGAACAGUUAUGAGGCCUCCUCAAGUUCUUCGUGAAGGCACAAAGAAAACUGUUUUUGUCAAUUUCAUGGAUCUAUGUAAAACGAUGCAUCGGCAGCCAGACCAUGUUAUGGCUUUCUUAUUAGCCGAACUGGGAACCAGUGGAUCUCUUGAUGGACAGCAGAGAUUAGUUGUUAAAGGAAGGUUUGCACCAAAGAACUUUGAAGGAAUUCUGCGUCGAUAUGUUAAUGAAUAUGUGAUUUGCAUUGGGUGCAAGAGUCCAGACACUAUCCUUUCAAAGGAGAAUCGACUCUUCUUUCUCAGAUGUGAGAAGUGUGGUUCUGGACGAUCAGUUGCUCCCAUUAAAGCUGGUUUUGUUGCUCGUGUUGGCCGGAGGAACGCUGGGACAUGAUUAUCACUUGUUUGCUUGUAUGGAAGCCUGAUGUUUUUGAGUAAUAACCACUUGUUAAAACUUGGUUUACUAUCGAAUUGUCGCAAGUGAAUUUUGAAGUGAAUGCGAUAUUGUAAUUGGGGUUCUAGAAUUUAAGAUAAUGACGAGUUACAAGGCCGUGUUUAUUCUCUCUUCUUUCUGUCCAUUUGGAUGUCUAGAUGGCUACUGAUUGGGUUUUAUUUGGGCAAUUACAAGGCUAUCCAAAAUGGUGUUAUGAA